UGAUGAUAGUGUAGAGAUCUUUACAGGGUUUCCUGAGGAUCUCUGGUGAUUUUGAAGGGGGUUAGAAUCGACAAAACCUCUCAACCCAUUCUGCGUUAUCAGAAGUGACUUUGAAGCAAAACUCGCGAAAAUAGGGCAAAAGGACUUGGAGACGUGCUCAGUAAAAAUCGAUUUUCUUAGUGAAGAAAAAGAAUUUCGAAAAAGGCUCUUUAUUAGUUUAAAGCCUGGUCUCUGGCGAAUCCAACCAUGUAAAAGUUGUGGCACUAGCUCCUUUGGGAAAGCUUGAAUUAGGGCCACAAAGUUUGAUGCACGCUUUCAACACGUACCGGUUUUAGACACCGGGAACAAUCCACUUUCGGUCCUAGAAGUCUGAAAGUUGCUUUUCUAGAUUCACUUUUCAGCGUGAAUCUGGAACAUUUAACCUGAAAACUCGAAACGAAAUCCAGAAAACUCAGGGUUACUUUUGUGAAAACGUCGAUUUUUAAUGUUUUGUAGAGUUUGUAGUGAAUUGAUCGCUCUACGAGAUGCGAUGAAUGUUUCUGGGGGCAUUUUUUAUAUAGACCGGAACUUUAAUUUUCUUUGAAAAAAACGCUUUUUUCAAACAGCCAUUUUUCAAUUAAUUGGCUAGCGGGACAUUCAGUUUUCACUUGAAAAAAUUCAAAGACAUAUGAUUUUGUUCAGGUUUUACCGAUUAGUUUAUAAAUUUUUAAAAAAUGACUGAGAUAUAGACAAAAUACUGAGGAUAGCACUUUUUCUGAAAACUCUGUUACACCUUAUUUUGUAAAUUCUUUAACUCGGUCAAAAUAAGUUCUGAAGGUCUACAAAUUCUUUCUUUCAUAACCCCCGUUUUGGUCAUAGAAUCCGAAUAUAUGAUAAAAACUGUUUGUCAAUAAAUAUCGGGUUACGGCAUUUCUCACGGAGUUGGCGAAACCGCUCUUAAGGAGAUCAAGUUAUAACAAAGACGGAGGUGGUUACCUCCACCCACACUUAAGAAUGGAAGAAGAUGCAGAUCCAUGUACAUACUUCGCCAUAUUACACUGUAAAAAAUAGUCGUAGAUUAAUAAACUAUCAAAAAGGGUUUAUUGAGAGACCAAUAAACUUUUUAAAAAACACUUUUCCGUUUUUUAUAUCCAAAAAACUAAAAAGCGUUCGUGACCGAUGCAAAAUGAAAAACGGGCGGUUUUUUAUCAUAAAUAAAAACCCUUUUCAGUUUUUUGUCGAGUCUAAAAUAUCAGCUAAAAAACUCUUCAGGUUUUUAGCUAGUUUUUUUAGACUCGACAAAAAACUGAAAAGGCUUUUUUAUUUAUCUGCAUAGGAAUGAGAAAAAGAAAAAAGUUAAAAUGAAAGACAUAUAGUUUGUUUGUUUCUCUAUCAAAUUAUUUAGUUUUCUCGUGUAAUUUUGGACCGUUUUAUUAUUUAUCUCCUGACGAUGCAGUCUUAGACUGUGAAAAGCUAGAGAGAAAUAAAAGAAAUGAAGUUUGAAUCUGUUGUUAUCCUUACAAAAUUUUCAGGCAAAGAAAGCUUUUAACGGACACCUGUCAUUCCUUUUUUCUUAUAGAAACCGUCACAACUUCUCCACGGUUACACAAUUUCUAUCAACAAGCCAAACAAUACAUAAAAUCAUUUAAUCUAUUUAAAUCGAUACCACCAUCAACGAACGAUCAAGAUAUACAAAAUGAAUUAAUAUCAACACAUCUGUAUAUUGCACUAUUAUUUACAUCAUUCGUUAUACUUCUAUUCUAUACAUCACUUACAGCAACAACACAAACAGUAACUGUCAAAGAACCAUCAAUUACACAAUAUACACAAAUCUAUGAAAAAUAUUCAAAAACUGUGUCUUGCCCAUGUUCGACGAUAACUGUUCCAUACGCUAAUUUCUUACAACUUCAACCAACCUAUCAUCAAAUAUGUUCAUCAGAUUUUGUUAAACAGAAAUGGUUUGAUUAUAUCGAAAAUUACAACACUGCUGCAGGUAACAUGGUUCUUGGGGGACUUGCUAAUGACUUUCUUUUAUCCGGAUCAGCCAUGAUGCAACAACUGAAAUCGUUUUGUCAAUUGUCACAAUCAACAAUUAUUGAUGGAAUGCAAGUGUUUUAUUCGACUAGAUAUGCUACUGCUACUGUUACGCCAUUCGAAUUAUUUUCUACAGAGUUUGAUAGAAAUAUCCGAUUAUUUAUAUCAACAACCACUAAUACAUUUAUAUCAUCAUUACAAUUGAUUAGGGAUACAACACAAGCUUAUAAUUAUACUUGUUCAUGUUAUAAUACAUCAUUAUGUAAAGAAGUCUCAGCUGUUUAUUAUGUAAAACCCAAUGAUACUUGGAUUAAUCUUGCAUUUGUUGUUCCUAAUUGGUAUGUGGGUUGUUAUAUACUGGAAUCAUUAUUACAAUCAACAUUAGAAUGUUUUUAUCAACAACAAUGUUUUGGACAAAUGCAUUUAUACUAUUCAGCACUUCCAAAUAUAAGCUUACUCAAUUCAUCUAUUGAAAGUAAGUAUCAAUCAAAUACAACUAUUGGUGAUAUUGUUUACCAAUUGAUGGUUGAACACUGGAAUCCAAAUGUAUCCUACGAUCAGUAUUAUCAACAAUGUCAACCAAAACAAUGUACAUAUACAUAUGUGCAACAAUUUGUUCUUAUUUACGUUAUAACAACAAUUAUUAGUAUUUUAGGUGGUCUUACAAAAGUGUUACAAAUAAUUGUACCACGUGGAAUCAAAUUGUUAAGAAAGUAUAUUUUACCAUAUGCUAAAAACAGAAAGUUUAAUGCGGUUGUUCCAGUUUCCGUCGGCGAAUGA